GGAAAGUCGUCUGGUGUUGGAGUCUUCGUUAUAGAUAUUUACAAGGAGGGAAGCUAAGCUAAUACAAGUUAUACAACAUAUCAGAUUCAGACUCCCAAGAAAAACUGUUUUCUUCUCCGUUUACUUUCAGCUUCAUAGGUGUAUUCUGAUUUCAAUGGGACAAAAAAUGAGUGAUCGCCUCGUAUUAUGUGUGGACCGCCUUACAAAACCCGAAAUUUUGCCAUCGGUGCAUGAAGCCGAAGUUGUGGGAUCAUCGGGUGAUGAUUCUUCUAUAGUUGCUGAGCAAGAUGUUUAUGCUAUUGAUGUGGAGGAAGUUGAAGAUCAUGGUUCGUGUGAUGAAGAAAAACCACUCCUCCAGACGGUUGAAUGCCGUAUCUGCCAGGAUGAGGACAGCAUUAAGAAUUUGGAGGCACCUUGUUUGUGCAGUGGCAGUUUGAAGUUUGCUCACAGGAAAUGCGUUCAGCGUUGGUGCGACGAGAAGGGAGAUAUAAUUUGUGAGAUAUGUCAUCAGUCUUUCGAACCGGGAUAUAUGUCACCGCCUCCUCCUCCGCCAGAGGUUGCUACAAUUGAUAUCAGUGAGUGGACAGUCUCUGGUGCUCCUUUGAACUUACAUGACCAACGGAUCUUAGCAGUGGCAGCAGAACGCCGUCUUUUGGAGCCAGGCUAUGAUGAAUAUUCCAAUAAUGAUUCUAGUGGAACUGAAUUUUUCCGUGCUGCUACCCUAACUCUUCUGGCUCUCCUGUUCUUGAGGCAUGCUUUGUACCUAACCAAUGGAGACACCGACGAUGAUGUAUCUCAAUAUAUCUCUCUUUUCCUGCUUCGUGCUGCUGGCUUUCUUCUUCCCUGUUACAUCGUGGCCUGGGCUAUCAGCAUAUUGCAGCGCCGUCGGGAACAACGGGAAGCCGCAGCAAUUGCAGCAGCUGAUGUUGCAGCAAUGAUACAAGCAGCUCAACCUCAGGCCACACAUUACAGUAUGGUACCUGAACCUUCAGUCACACCCCAACAGGAGCCACUUGAAUAACGCGAUAAUCUUUUUCUCUGGCAAGAAGCUUCGGUACUGAAGAAGAUUAUGUAAUUCAGACCCAACAUAAGUGUUGGAUACGGGUAUUGUCCAGCAUAAGUUUAUUCAAUUCUUUUCUUAGAAGUUUUCCUCAUAUAUGGAUGAUC